UACGCACACUCGAGUCAACGGGCUCACCAUGAUGGGCGUGUGAAAUCGUGGGUUGUAUUCACGAGCUAGCAGAGUACAGAGCGCAUCGGAGGUGCAUGGCAGCACUCCGCCAAGGUGCAGCGCGGCGGCCCAAGCUCUCCAAAGUCUCUCCACCGAGAGAAUCCCGCUUUCCGCUCCACUCGUCCAUCUCCCGUUGAUACUGCAAUCAUGUCGCGCGCAUCAAAGCUGACACUUGCUACCACUUCGCUCGGUGCAAUUGGCAUCGUCGUCUUCGUUCACUACUCUCAACGCGCAGAGAAAGCUGCUAUGCACGCAGGUGUCAUCCGUGACUACGAGCAGCAGCGACUGAAACGCGAACGACAAGCCGACUUCGAGAUGCAACGGGCUCUUGAAGAGGAAUACAGGAAGGUCCAAACCGUUUCGGACGGUGGAGGACCAGCAGCAUACCAAGGCCGCGGCACAGCAUCUUAGUAGCAGCCAUAUUCCGUUUGCGCAAAUUACAGGCCUAGGCAGUGAGGCUCUCACCGGAAAAUUGUAAAGCAUCGAGGCCUCCAUCCGCUACAGCUCUGGGUGCUCAAACCUCGCCC